AUGUUCUUUGAGAAAGCUGUUAGUGCCCGACACGCGGUAAGGUCUGCUGCUUCUACAGCACUUAGGAAAGCCCCGUGGGGGCUGAUGCUUCUCCUGUCUGUCAUAAUUUAUGGCUCUCAUGCUCCGCUCUUGACUCUCUGUAAGGACAAUGGGAAGAUCCCAUUCAGUGCCUCAUCUGUGGUGGUUCUGAUUGAGCUGACAAAGCUGGUAUUCUCCUUGGGUUUUCUGCUGAUCUGGGAUUGGAAGCAGCUGAGACUCUCCUUUUCGUGGCAGCACGCGACUCCUUUUGCUCUCUCGGCACUGUUGUACGCGGCCAACAACAACUUGGUGGUCCACAUGCAGCUGUUCAUGGAUCCUAGCACCUACCAAGUGCUGAGCAACUUGAAAAUCGGCAGCACUGCCCUCCUUUACAGCAUGCUCUUGCACCAACGACUCACGCCCCGUAAGUGGGCAGCCCUUCUCCUGCUGACAGCUGCCGGGGCGUUGUAUACCUACGGAGGCCUCCAGGAUGUUCAGCGCUCUCCUGCCUCUGACAUGGAGCUGCACAUCACGCCCGUGGGCCUGCUGCUGAUCUCUCUGUACUGCUUGAUCUCUGGCCUUUCUGCCGUCUACACCGAAGCGAUCUUGAAGUCCCAGGAUCUGCCCCUCAACCUCCAAAACCUGUUUCUUUAUUUUUUUGGUGUUUUGCUGAACGUGGCCCUCCAUCUGUUAAGCGCUCCAGUCACCGGGUUCCUGGAGGGUUUCUCACUGUGGGCGCUGUUGGUUAUUGUCAGCCAAGCCCUGAAUGGUUUGAUCAUGUCUGUGGUCAUGAAGCACAGCAAUAACAUCACGAGACUUUUUGUGAUCUCCUCUUCUGUGAUGGUGAACGCCCUUCUCUCUGUCCUGUUGUUCAGCCUGCACCUCACUGGGUUUUUCUUCCUUUCUGUGCUGCUCAUUGGCUUGGCUGUUCACUUGUAUUAUGGGGCCAGAUAGAUGCAGGGGAGCUGACCCUGUCCUGUCUCAUCCAAAGGUGUCAAUAGUUGUGGGUGUACGAUAGCUUUCCUUUCUUGCACAAUUGCUUCACUUUCUCCUGACCGGCUUAAAGGAACCUCUCUCGUAGUUCUACUGGAGGGGGAGGACGUCUGAAUGGGUGUUUCCCAGCUCGUUCUCAGGGAGACAGGAUGUAGUUUUUCAUCACUUCCUGGGAACCGGCUGGGUGCCCAUCUUGUUCCAGUUUAAAUCCUGUCUCUGCAGGGAGAACAACGUCUGUUUGCAGCUCAGGCUGCAAAACUUCCCUUCUUCUAGAACUCUUCUCUCUGAAUUUGGACAAAAUAUUUAGUAUACUGAGCUUUGGCUCACACCAGAGGUAUCCAACUCUGGAGCUUCAGAUGUUCAUGGACCACAGUUCCAAUUGGCCAUGCCAGCAGGGGCUGAUGGGAAUUGUAGUCCAUGAACACCUGAAGCGCCAGAGUUGGACACCCCUGGCUUACACCAUCCCAUGCUCUAAUCAUGUUUUUAGCUACAGUGCAUGGCGUGAGAAGAUGGCUAUGCGUAAGCUCAGUUUUCCUUGUGCCAUUAUGGAGAGUGACCUGCUUCUGAGGAGGCAGGAGAGGAGAGAACUGUUGAUACAUGAAUGGCGCUCUAAACAUGUCUGGUGCAACAGUACAAGUAGUAAGAGGAUGCAUCUUCCUCAUCUCAGUAUUUUCUUGAAUCUGUCUUUGAAGUAUUUCCUGGGUCUGAUAAGAGAGCUAUCUCCGUAGCUCAUAUUUUUUUACACUUUUGUGUGUGGGACAAGGGAACUUUGUAUUGGAUAGUAUCUGUGCAACCACAUUCAUUUAAGAAAGGGUCAUUUGAGUGAAGUUAGCAACUUAUGCGUGGAGCGCGUCUUGCUUCGACAGGUCAGAAUUCCUGACUUAGCCCAGUGUGGCAACCAAGUGCCUUUUGGAAGUUUUAUUCUGCUGUUCUUAUUGUUGUCGUCUGUUCUUGAAGAAACCCGUCACUGGCAGAGAGCGCCUGAGAAGACUGCGAUGGUUUCAGAUCCCUGUAAUGGAGUAUCUGAAAGCCAGUAGCUCGUUCCUUUCCCUGAAACAUGAUAGACUUUUUUCCAUCAGUGAAUUUGCAGCCCUCCCUGGAUAAACAGUUCCAUAUUCCACCCAUGCUUAUUAUACAUGGCUAAAUUUGCAGAUUGGGGCUCUGAAAACUUCUCUUCGUCAGAAGUGGGACUGCGGUCAUGGGGACUGCUCUAUAAUGCUUCUGUUGUCCCGGAAACAAAGAUCCAUGUCAGAGAUUCUUGCACUUUUCCCUAUUCAUACAGUCCAGCCAGUAUUGAUAUCAACAGCUUUUUCCCCAUUUGUCCAGUUGGGAUCUCCCCUGCCUGUCCGCCAUCUCCUUAGCGAAUGCUGUAGUUUUUCCCUUCUGCUGCUGCCACCUGCUUGCUAUGGAGGGAGGGGGGGUUCUGAGUUAACCAACUUCAUGUACAUGCUACGUGUCAAUAUCCAGGACGGGCAGUGCUGAAUUUUACACUGAGACUUCUCUGGUUCCUUGAUCGUCAUGGUCACAGGUGGGGGAAUGGGCAGUGGCCCUUGUCUACUAAUUCAGAAUUAUGAAAUGUUGGAAAAUCCGUAUAUGUAUAUGCUCAGGUUCAACUAGUAUCAAUUCAGUGUACCAAACGAUGCCUACUCUGGACAGGAAAUAUUAAACUUAAUAUUUUCUUGA